AAGCGCUACUUUUCAGCUUGUCGUAAACCGUGUGUUUAGUUCGAAAAACCUCGGGUCAUGUUUUGAUGAUGGCGACAGUGGUGUUAGACAAUGGAGCGGGCACAGCUAAAGUGGGGUAUGCCACAGAUAAAGAACCGAGUUGUGUAGCUGUUGGACCAGCACUUGAGGAGAAAGAAGAGCAUGAAGCUUACGAAAUUGGAGAGACAUUCAUCAAUAAAACUUUUGGCUACAGAGGAGUUAUAUUUGGACAAAAUCCUGCCACUCUUCACAUAACAGAACCACCAGAACAAGGUCUAGACAGUAUAAAAACAGGUGGCUUCCUAGGAGGCAGGAAGAAAGAGAAGAAACAUAAGUAUUAUCAUGUAUUGUGUGACGAGAGAGAUAUUCGCAGGAAUGAUGUUAGUGUCCAAAGAACUUAUACUGCAAGUGAUGUUACAAACAAAAUGAGUAAAUUUUUAGUCCAUGUUAGAGGUGUUGAUUUAGUUCCUCACGAGGAUAUUCUGCCCUACCAGAGCACAGAAAAUCCCAUCAUAGACAACAAACUGUUCUCUAAAUGGCAGAAUAAUACAGCUGCAUUCAUUGAGGAGAUCAGUACGCUUUCCUUUAUGAGAAUAACCAGUGUCUUUCAAGAAACCACGGAAAAUGUCCGUGUAACUGUGAUGCCAUUUUAUUUGAAGAAACAAUUGAUGGUAAUGGAUGAAACAUACGUAAUAAAUCAAGUGAAGGAAGAUGUGUGUUAUGUAUCUACUCAAUUCAUGAAAGAUAUGGAAACUGCCAAAAAGAGAGGUAAAGAGAACACAAUAGCCCGGGACUAUGUCCUGCCUGACUACACCCACAUCAAGAGGGGAUACGUCCGACCCCAGGAGGAAACCACGGGGAGGGCCAAGGACGGAGAGCAGAUAAUUCGUAUGAACAAUGAGAGGUUUGCCAUACCAGAGCUGCUGUUUCACCCAUCAGAUGUAGGGGUACAGGAGAUGGGGGUGGCUGAGGCCCUAGUGUACGCCAUCAGCACUCUGCCUGAAGAGAUGCGGCCUCAUAUGUAUUCUAACAUUGUAUUGACUGGUGGAAAUUGUUUACUACCAGGCUUCUCUGAGAGAUUUUAUGCUGAUGUAAGAAGUAUGGCACCUGAAGAAUAUGACAUCUCAACUAAAAUGCCGAGCAAUCCAGUAACUUAUGCGUGGGAAGGUGGGAGGAUGCUAGCUAAUACUGAGGAAUAUAAGAAAAUGGCCAUCACCAGGGAGCAGUACGAAGAACAUGGUCACAGUAUUUGUGCUGAAACUUUUGAUAUCUGACAAUCAACUGAAGAGUUCUGUGAAGGAAAUAAUUUGUUCAGGUGAACAACUCUAAACCACCAAUAGAAAAUGUGAGCUUUGACUCUGAAAUACUGGAAGAAUCCAAAGUAGAAGCAAAAUGUCUUUCAGGAAUACCCCGAAUAGUAAGAACCUCUUUCCAUGAUGUUAAAGAUAAAAACUCAGAAGAAUGUGUGAUUUUAUCAAGUACUGUCUGGAAGUACUGUUCAAGGUAGUAAUAGUAUUGUAAAUGAAUUGUAAUUUUUUAUGAUGAACAGUGUGCUUAAAUAUCUUUUUGAAACAAUGUAUUUUACUUUAAAAAAAAUAUCGAAUAAGUUUCCCGUUUGUAAAGGGGACCAAAAGGAUACUGAAAGUCUGAGAAAAUUACAGAUUGGAAGGUAUUUGCUUGUUAACAUCUUAGAAAAUAGCUUAAUUGCAUGGAUAAAAUUUGUUUAUAUAGGAUGAAAUUCCACAAUGUGUUCAGUUCAUUAUAUGGUACAUAUACAUGUAUAUCAAUUUGAUUUUUUUUUUGUGAAAAAAUGGUUGCAAUUAUUGUCACACAGUAAUUUUUUGAUGUAAAUCUAAUAAAUGUGGCAAAGAAUCUACAUGGAAACACAAAAUAAAUUUAAAAAAUGGUAAAAA